GCUGCUUUCACUUCGCUCCCCGCAGGCACUGGGUCACCAGCUGGUUGGAGCUCUGCGGUCCUUGCUGUCGUCGCCGUCGCCGGAUUCCUGCAGCCGCUCUGCGAGCUGUGUUCCACUUGGAUUCACACCACCUCCGCUGCUCCCGCCGCCACCACCUCGGCGCCCUUUCCCUGGCCCUCGUCCACCCAAUGUCUGACUCUGAUUCUCGGACUGAGAAACGCAAGAAAAAAAGACCAAAUGGCCAAGCAACCUUCUGAUGUAAGUUCUGAGUGUGACAGAGAAGGUGGACAAUUGCAGCCUGCUGAGAGGCCUCCCCAGCUCAGGCCUGGGGCCCCUACCUCCCUACAGACAGAACCGCAAGACAGGAGCCCGGCACCCAUGAGUUGUGACAAGUCAACACAAACCCCAAGUCCUCCUUGCCAGGCCUUCAACCACUAUCUCAGUGCAAUGGAUCAGUUGGAGAAUCUUAACCAAGUGGCAGAAAAUAUCCACGUGAUGCCUGGUACAACUAACAAGGAAACAGCUGGUGGGGACAGUGGCAUUUUGGAGAGUGUUUACCCCAUCAGCAUUAAAGUUGCCCCUGAUUAUGUCCAGCGGGACAUGAGUUCUUGGAGUACAAGUGUUUCCAUAUCACAUCAUAACCAGGCAAGCAGAUUUUGAAGUCAAAUAUCCCAAUCUUUAAACGUUAACAACUACUUUAGAUCCUAUAGUCACUGUUAAAAGGCAGAUUGAGAUUUGACUCUUAAGACCUCUUAGCUUGUGCCUUGGGCUAUGCACAUUUCUGGUACACCCCUCAAGAAAGGAUGGCUCUGCAUGUUGCUUCUCCACCAAAAGAAAAGCCAUUUAUUUUGAUCCUUAUCAUCCACAAUCAUGUUUGGUAUGUGUCGGGCCAGUCAGACUUGUAGAUGACAUUAGGAACUUGACCAUGGUGUCAAGAACAUGUCCUAUAUGAACCACUCUGGGGACUGUUAAGCCCUCCUAACAGAAAGGAGCAGGAAGUCUUGUAUCUACUACUACUUUAACUAUUGCUUUUAGAAGUACUUCUGAACAGGCCCUUGCUACUGUUCUAGCGUGCAAUACACCCAGUCUAUGGGCAUGUGCUGAGUUAACAAAGCUCCCUGGUAUAAGUGCUUAAAAACCUGUGCAUUUUAAGAACCCUCUGGAAGUUAGUAGAGUCUUAAUACUUUGAGCUUAGGUAAUGGUCUCUGCAUGUGGAAUAAUCUGGGGAAAUAUUUUCUCCUUUCCUGUUAACUAGGAGUAGUGGAUGAGUUAGAGCAUUUUCUGAUAUGAAGAUAGUCACAAUUGUUUUGUUUGGGGUCCCAUACUAUUUAGGAAGCUAAUUACAGUGUCAUUCAUCAUAAUUUGAGAUGACUGAUACAGAGCUUUAAAGAUCACAGUCUAAAUUCUUAGGCAGAGUUAAUGGUCAUAGCUGUGAAGUGUUAACUAGAUUGCACUUCCAGUAGAUUGGGAUGAUGCUAGCUUAAUGCAUGAGUUUAAACAAGUGACUGGGGUUUGUGUAAAGUUAAUGCACCAAAGUAGGUUUUUACCAGUAAGUUCUUGAGAGAUUUGUUUGGGGAGAGGGUGUAUUGGGAUGGGAUGGGAUGGGGCAGAAAUUACUGACAGAAUAAGAGGACUUAGCCAGAUGUGAGGUUAUUAAAUUAGAUACACUCCGAGUUUUUGUCCACCACUGCUGCUUUUGUGACCACCCUCACAAUCUUACUUGUGCCUGUAGACUACUUAGGCUCAGCUAAAACGUGAUCUCUUUAUCUUUUGGACUUGUUUAAUAUUUUUUACUCAACCAUUAAGAUCUUCAAUGCUGCUUUUGAUAAGUUAUUGCAAAAUACAUUUUUCACAAAGGAGCCUUUAUGAUUGGUAUGAACCACUGGUCGCACAGAGGUCCAGCUUAGCCAAGGGCUCUUCUCCGCUGGCAACUUGAGAGGUAGGAGACAAAGUGUGCCUUAAAAGCCAUGUCCCCCUCUCCACUGAUGUGUUGAGAUUGGACCUAAAGCUUUCCCCAUUAGGCAACCUCUCCUACAGGGUAGAGCCCCAGGUCCUUGUAUCUUUACUGUAGUGAAAAAGGAAGGGUCUCAUUGGAGAUACCUGGCAAGCAGAUACCGUAUUAGGGAUACCGGCACAGUUUCCUCCUCAUCCCACUGUUUUGAAAACAUCUUACAAGAACAUUUUGUUGACUGUUUGGAAGUCAGUAUGUGAAACUCAUUUACUCGGUAUCAGCCUCCAUAUACUCUGGGAGGAUUGACUUGCCAAGCCAUUUCUUGGUGAACGGCUGAUAAUCUUAAUAAAAAAGAACCUUUCCCACAGCC